AUGAAGGAAAGGGCGCAAGGAGAGAAAGGGCGACCAAAAAAGUACAGGGUCUAUGGUCCCCAACCCAACCUAGGGAAAGCCAACGUGCGAACGCAACUGACCGAUCCGAUGUUCGAGGAAGUGUUUCGAGAUUUCAAACAUAUGAGGCGCUUGUUGAAGACGUUACUGAUGGGUUGCGACAGUUACUCAGAUGGAAUGGCCUCUUUUGUGGAGGGCGCGAUUGGUCUCUCCAGCCACUUUGAAUCAAUUCUUAACAAUAGCGAGAAAUGGAGAUACAGACUUCCAACCAGAAAACUUUAUGCCCCUUCUGGUAGCCCAUUUGUCCACGAUCAGCACAUGCCUGAUUCCUAUCAAUAUGAUAAAUCUCCUUUAGAACCCCUCUCGAUCGCUUCGCAGAAUUGUAUGUCCCAAAACUUCCUGAGUAAGCACAAUGUUCGCAACUUCAGAUGCCGACAAGAGGUCGCUCGUGGAAGGAUUAAGGCCGACUUGAAACUGAUGGAUAGAGCGCUCCGGCAACCCCUAGUCAGAGUCCAUGAACUGUGUUUGCAAAUAAGUGAACUCGCAAGGGCGCGGGAGACGUGCGUCGCAAAAGUGCUUGACUGUACCGCCAAAUAUGACCAGUGGCGAGAGAAAAACAGGAAGCAUAUGGGGCCGCGCCAGGUGCGCGACAAGUUAAGACAUGCGCGGGAUCUGGAACUCGAGAGGAUGAAAUACGAGUCGCUCAAUGCUACCACCAAGGUUAAAGUACAAGUAUUUUUGACACUUUUCGCCAGGCUGAUGGAGAAGUGGGUUGAGGGCUUUAUCCUGAACUCUUAUUCCCUAGCGUUCACAUUGUACAGCAACAUAGGGUGUGCCGAAGAGGUGUUUGGAAUGGUUAGCCAACCCGUGGCCAGCCAGCUGGACGGCUUGUCGGCCCAGGACUGUGUCUCGGACGGUCAUCUGAUCCCUCCAGAAACUUGUCCUCCUCACGGCGCAGGGUGCGCUUCUGGACAGGCGCAGAUGCCAAUGCAGGACAUUGUCACAAAGUUUCGCAGCGAUAUAGAUUGCGUAAACAUGCACAUGAGUGAUCUCCGGAUCACGGACUUUGCCCGUUUUUACAAUGCCACAAUUUGUUCUGCCAAGGAAAGCGCCAAAACCCAAUCUCAAGAGUACGCCAUCCAUGGAUCAGUGCCUUUGCUAUAUGCUACUGCGCUCUACGAUUAUGGCAUGGACGAUGCCGGGUAUCAAUUGGGAGAUCUGACUUUCCACCGUGGAGAAGUAAUAAGGGUGAUACGGAAAAACGAUCCCAGCUGGUGGUACGGCGAAUCCAUGCGAACUAAGCACCGGGGCUACCUCCCUUCCAACUACAUUGUGGUUGAACGGUAUACGUGA